AUGGAAUUGGAGAAAGCGAUUGAUGAGCGAGGACGGGUGCUCGAUCAGAGAAAAUAUGAGCUUGAAGAACGCUCUAAACGGAUUCAAGAGCUCAAGGAAAUACAUGAUGCUCGACUUGGUACUCUCAACGCAUCCACUUCGUCGAAUUCAUGGCCCAUCACUCUUCUUUGGUCCAUCGUCUUUCAUGUGCUGGGCGACAAGACGUCUUCGUUGCUCUUUCCCUCUUUCCCUCCCUCCUCCUCUAACCCAAGCUCUUCUUCCUCCUCCAACCCAAAUUAUUCUGCUACCACCCCCCCUCCAAGAAGACCCCGACGCGACUGGGAAGCCCGACACGAUCUGUACCUCUCAACAGGUGGAUGGGGGAGUUACCUCGUACUUGUGGGCAUUGGCGUGUGUGCUGUUGUGUUGAAGGUGCUUGUGAGGAGUUGA